CUUCCUCUUUCAUUCGUGGAGUUCAUCUUUCAGAAACCUUCAGAUCGAAAUUUCUAGUGCAGAUUUGAAGAUGUCGGGACGCGGAAAGGGAGGAAAGGGAUUAGGAAAAGGAGGAGCGAAACGACAUCGGAAGGUUCUCCGUGACAACAUCCAGGGAAUCACGAAACCGGCGAUCCGUCGUUUGGCUAGGAGAGGCGGUGUGAAGCGUAUCAGUGGUUUGAUUUACGAAGAGACUCGUGGAGUUCUGAAGAUCUUUCUAGAGAAUGUGAUCAGAGACGCUGUAACAUACACAGAGCAUGCUCGCCGGAAAACUGUCACCGCCAUGGAUGUGGUGUAUGCGUUGAAGAGGCAGGGGCGUACACUUUACGGUUUCGGUGGUUAAGGUUGGUAAGCUAUGAAAAAGUCUUGCUAUCAAGAAAGAAAAAGGGCUAGGGUUCUUCCCUUCUGGUCGGGUCAAUAUGCAUAUGGAUUUUAGGGUUUUACUCAUAUUAAUGUUAUUACUGGUGGUUAGUUGGAUGUGUUUUGUAAUGUGAUGGAGGAGAUAUUGCUUAUUUUGACUUUUUAUUUGUAAAUUGAUUUUGACUAUUCUAUCUCAAUCAUAGUAGUUAGA